AUGUUUACUGCAGACGCCGGGAAUGAUGUGGGCAACAAGGGACACAGAUCCUGCUUCAUUACUCUCUUCAUCUUCCAGCAUUCAAGGUCAACUCUUGUUAAAAGCCUGGGGCAAGAGGUAUUAUCUGUGGCCAGUGGACAGAAGAAAGCCGUCGGUCAACCUCAUGGGGCAGAGCUGAGCUCAGAGGCCAGGAGGUCUCUGGAGAAGGAGAAAAGCAGCCUGAUGAACAAAGCCUCCAAAUAUGAGAAGGAGCUGCAGUUGCUUCGGCAGGAGAACCGGAAGAACAUGCUGCUGUCUGUGGCCAUCUCCCUCCUUCUGACCCUCAUCUACGCCUACUGGACCCUGUGAGCCUGAGAUUUCUCCAGUCAGCACAGGCUUCCCCUCAGCUCCGUGGUCACGGCCAAGGAGGCCCUUCAAGCCUCAAGAGGACCAAGGUACAAGGGCCAUUUC